CCAUUUUACUUCUGUUGUGAAAGAGGCUUUGCCUAAACGUAAAAGGCCAUUCACGUUGUUUCAGGUGACUUUGAGACCUUUCCGAAACAAAGUAAGGUAUUAAUUGUGAGUAACUGCUUGCAGGACUGAGGUGUUUUCUAAGCCUCCAGGUAAAGAGUUCCUUUCAAAUCACUGACAUGGUGGAAAGCUUCUUGUAUCGCAUUCUUAAACCUUGUGUAAUUGGAUUGCUUAACUGACUGUCCGGUAAUCUCAUAAAUAGCAUUUAACCACAUUGUAGGGCAAGGAACUAAUCUUUGCCUUGGUACACUUGAGUGAUCACCUAGGUACUGCAGUAACUCAGCUUUUCACCUUUGUCAUCUUUGAUAAUAAAUAUGCUCAGUCUGUUCCUUUCUGUACAUUGUGAAUACACUAGGAGAUGUGUAGUCAAGAUAGCAGGAUAUAUAAAAUCUUAUUUGCUGUCGGUUUUAUCAGCUGAUGACCCACCUGCAUGACUGGAAAUAAAGUCAGAACAGGAAAAUUUUUCACAAAAGCCAUUAGGGAACUUCUCUGCUUUGCUGGAACAGGGAUGGGUAUGGGAAUUAUAAACUACUCUGCUGUCCCUAGCCUGCUGGAGUUGCAAGCAGUGUGUGACAAACUUGCAGAGGCAUCAAUGGAUAGAAAUGUGUGAAAUGAGACCUGUGAACCUGGAGGGGAAGAGCAAAUGAGUAGUGAUAAAUGAUACACUUUUCAAAGCAGAUCUUACCUAUCUAGUGCCUGUUGUAUCACCACCUGUGUGUUACAAUGAUGUUGAAGAUUGGCUGAAACGUCAGCUUGGGAUAACAUCAAAGCCUGCUAGCAUAACAGAAAGAGAAGGUGCGGGACAUCUUUUUUCUGACAGGCUUAUCAUUUUCCUGACUUAGGCUCACUGUGAUGUGAUCAAGCUAUGCUAGAAGCAGGAGAAAGGAGUCCCUGUGCAGCUGAUGGGUUAUUAGGCUCACAGACCUCUGCACAUCUGAAGCACGUGCACAAUGCUGGACUCUCAUAGGCCUACAACACAGAUGGGCAUACAAGGGCCUAUGCAUGCAGAUGGACAUGUGUUUAUGUCCAUGUUGGGAUUGGAAUCUGAACAGGGUUUUUUAAUAAAAUCAUCUGCAAAAAAAUUCAGACUAUUCUUCUCAUGCAGAAGGCCUACCACACACAAGCCCUGAUGAUGGCUGGAUCAGGGUACAUUAGUGGUGUGUACUGUACUGGAUGAUGUACUAGCCCAGUGCAAAGCACUUUCACAGUAUUUAGUGAUUCUGUAUCUAGUAAUGGCAGAGGGUUACACAUCAGCUCAGACAACACAGAAGUGCCUCAGCAUAGGAAGUGGUGGUAAAACAGCACCUGCUCCAUGGGGCCAUGUAAGAGAAAUAGUUCUGUCAGCUUGGGAACAAAACAGACUGAUUUGCUCUAAAUCACUCUUUAGAUUAUGGUGAAUAUACCGUACAAAAAAAGAAACAUGAAUACCUUAAUCACAGGAGAAAUUAUAUAUGGCAUUCUUCCUCCUUGAUGGAGGAACAAAUUUUCUGGUAUAUAGUAAAACAUGGUCCAAAUGGAAGAUUCUCCUGUAGCUGAAGGAUUCAUAAUGUCUUCUCCCCUUCUUUGAUGUCUUACAAGAUGCAAACUCAUGCUGCAGCAUUGCCCAUAGCUCAUAUGGCUUCUCUUCUCUAGCAGCUUAUUUUCAGAUAACUGACUUGCAGAUAAUAGUUCUGAGAUUGCUACCCUGCAGUUAGAUUUGAUUGAAAAUAUCAAUGAAAUAAAAGACUAAGAAGGACAUGGAAUGAAUGGACAGUAGCCACACCUGUAGCAUGAUUGCCUAAGUUAUUUUCUGAGGAAACUGAGCUGGAAAGCGCCCAUAUCAUAUUCUGAAGCCUCCCAAAAUUAUGAAUGUGUGUAGUGGUAGAGGUUACAAAUCAGUAUCACACUACUGAAUUAUGAAGGACAAUGAACAAAUUUUAAGAUCCUACCUUGGUUGUUAUUAUUUUGAAAACUAAUCCUGGUGUUAAGAUAUAACUUGAGAAUUAACAGUUUGCUUUGCUGGCAGUUUUCCCUCCCCAGCUGUUGUUAAGAAUUCAUUUGGAAACCUUUAAUUAAGCUUUCUUUCCCUGCUAUCUGGAGAGGUUUUCAGUGAAAUUUGUUUGGGGAGGUGGAGUGUUGAUAUGAAAACAAGUUUAUUAAGAAAACAUAUCAGGUCUGUUAAGAAAAGCAUUUUGGGUUUAGGCUAAAAUUUUCCCUCAAAACCGAAGAGGAAUGUGUGUUUUUUAUCCUCAAGUACCCAGCAUAUUUAAGGGCUCUAGGUUAAAGCUGCUUACCUAGGAUAUGAGAAAUAAAGGCUCACAUCCCUUCUCUAGAUUCAGUUCCAGGACUUGAAUCUCAGUAUACCUAAACAUAACAGGAGUGGAGAUUGAAAAGAUGUAAAUAGGCAAAGCUCCCUCUUUCCCUCCCAACCUGUUUAUCUGUGAGGCCUGUGACAUUGGCCUGUGCGUACCAACUUUGGAAAGUUGUCCCACUGCAAAGUAGUGCAUAUUUCUCUAUCCCAUGCAAUUUUGACAAGAUGGAAGAAAUGUUUCCUAAGAACUGUAACAUUAACAGAAAAUAAGCAUUUACUUUGAAAGGAGUUCUUAAAAUGAAAUCUUAGGAAAGCUGUUUUGAAGUGCGAUUGUCCUGAGCGAAGCUGUUGACAAUGCAUUUCUGCACUGGGUGGUGCUAUUGCAUGCAGAAAGGCCACAGCAGGGGAACACACAGAGCAUAAAGAGUUUUUUUAAGCCCUCACCCCCACAGAGCUGCCAUGAACUAUUGCUGAAUAGUCUGCCUGCGCUCAGUCUCUUGGAGUAAGGUGAGUUAGUAUUUAAAGACCUCAACUGCUUUUUUCCAGCAGGGUUAACAGUUUGUUUUAAAAUGAGGUAAGGGACUACCUCCCUCUUCAUUUGCUCUAGUAGCUACCCUGCUUUGCUGUAACUGUCCUACCUAAGUUAUCAACCCUGUUCCCCAGCACCCUUUUUCUGAUAGAAGGUUCAGUGUGUCCUGAGACCUGUCUUCUGAUCUAUCCCUGUUACAACAAUAAUCCUACCAUAGAGAGGGAGAGGAGGAGAGAGAAAGAUAUUUUGUCUCUGCUGUUGUGAUACUAUUUACAGCAUAUUGAUCCUGGUUUCCCCUCAUGCUGCUUUUUCCUCAUUUUCCUGCCCACUUGUUAAUGUUUUGCUAUUCACCUUAUAGCGUGUACCUAACAGUGUAGCUUGGGGUCGGUGCUUGCGUCUUGUCCUCAUGUGGAAUCUAUUUAAGACCCUUUGUGGGGCCUCAUUCCAAACUAUGUGCCCUUCAACCUAAACGCCGUCGCAAGAGUCUUGAUUUUUAGAGACCUACUUAGAAUCUUGCAACACAUGGGAAAGUUUGGCAGCACCGUAAGUUAAGUGAAAAAAGCUGGAGUUAUAUCACUGAAUUAAAUACAGAUAGGAUUUGCAUGUAUUUUGUCUUUUCUUUGCAUUGUAUCUUGCACUGACAAAGAAACCCAAGUUAGAGAAGCAGUAUAAAUAUGUGAGAUAGGUGCUUUUUCGUGGCUAAGCCAAAUAGCUUGAAAUCAGUUACCGGAGAAUAGAGACCUAAAGAGGAUUUGCCCUCUCUGACACAUGAGGAUUUCAUUUUUUGAGCAUACUCAUUGCUGAGCCUGAGUCAAGACCCAGCAGGGGUGAAACUUGCCAGCAGAGUUCAUCCUCCUGAGUGCCAGCAGAUGGGGUGCAGCAUGACCAUGGCUGCCUCUGCCUGCUCUGCUUGUGUGCAGAUUCCAGAUUGGAGCUGCAGGCAGUCACUGAGGUAAGCUCUGUUUGCAGCGCUUCACUUGCUUGGACUUUGUGUUUCAGGAUAUAGUAGCAAUAAGACUGCAAAAUUCUCUGAUUUUUCCUGAAGGGACUUCAGAAUAUUUUUCUAUGACCUAAUCUGCAGGCAAAAUGCCCAUUCUUUACUUUAUAGGCAGCACUGGUGCUAAAACUUCUUGAGAAUUCACAUAGCUGUUAGGGAUUAGUUGGAGGAGUGUCUUUAGGGCAGCUGAGCAAUUUCUGUCUAUCUUCCUGUAUGCAGAUUUGGAGUACAUUAUAGAACAAAUUCAGUCUUUGCAUAAUUCUUAUAAAAUAGAGGAUCACAUAUCACAUGUGGCAGACUUAAUUUCUGAUUGUAUAUACAUAAAUCAGGAGAAAGCAUCUCUCACAAGAAAAUUUUCUGUCUCAGACAGUGAUUGCAAUAGAAAUGCAUCUCUCAUGUCCUUGUUAUGAUAUGGAGGUCAGGAUAAAAUACUGGCAGAAGAUUGAAUGAAACUCCUAGACAUACAUCCUCAGCCAUUAAAUCAGUGUAUUUUACUGGGCUUCAGUUUCACUAAAUUCAACAGUCUAAAUUCAUUGAGUUCAACAGAACAGAACAGUCUCACAUCAGUAGAAAAUGUGAAUCUAUUCCUAAAACAUAGAUGCAACAGGUAGAGUCUCUGAAGACCAUACCAUAGUUGUCUCUAAAAGAUAACUUCUGACUCCCUGAAUAAUAGUACUGAUCAUAUUAAUGUUACUGUUUUAGUGAACCCCUCAGAGUCUAAGGAGGGAACAAAAUCUUUAUUAAGAGCAGAAUCUCUUGAGAAGAAAAUAGUUGAGACUGAAAAUAAACUUCAGGAUUAGAAGUCUGUGCAUAGAUCAAAAAAGGUCACUGCUAAUUCAUCAUUCUUAAUUAUUAAGCAGCAAUGAAAUUCUAACUCCCAUUUCCUCCAUCAGAUUUCUUUUCUGAGUAGCAAAGAACUAAAAUCAUCUGAACAAGCUAAUAAAGUCAUCCAGGAAGCUGAGCUUAUUUCCAAUGUUAGAAUAAAUGCUGUACCUACAAAGGAGGUGAGUUCAUAGGAAGUUGAUGGCAAACUCUGUUUCCCCAAAUAUUCUAAGCUUUGUCCAUCUUCUUCAAAAAGCACAGAAGAAGCAUCUCACAGUGGUUAAACCAAAACUUCCAUCUUUUAUCCCUGAAAUACUUUUAAGAAAUUUUAAAUGCUGGACCUGAGCCUGCUAGCCUCUGUCUGGUGUGUGCUUGCUACUGGUCGAAGGAAGAUCCUUUAAAGGAGACAGUUCUAACCAGUGGACCUUCUGAUUACAUGAUUGGGUUAAAGGAUGAUUCCCUUAUCCUGCCACUCAAAGAGCUGUUAAGUUGUGGACUGAACAGUAUAAUAAUGCAAUAGUACUUGUCAUUAAGUAUCUGUUUGGAAAGGAAAUGAGAUUUAACCUUGUAUCUCUCCCAGCAACUGGAGGAUAUUUUAUUUUUCCGUAAUUGUUGGCUCAAUUUUGUGUCUAGCCAAAGUCAGCUGGGUUUUGUCAUGCCAAGUAGGUACUGGAAAAUAGAGGAGAAAAUAAGUACAGAAGUGGAUGGAGACAAAUUGUAGCCCCCACAUUCAGACUGGAAGCAUAGUGUAGAUAUCAUCAAGGUUUCAACUUACCAUGUUGUAUGCCUGAGGAACUCUUAGGAAAAUGUGUGUUUGCACACAUGCAUUACCCACCCAACAUCCAAAGGUUAGAUCUGGAGUUGAGUUACACAUACAUCUUUGGUAGGAGUCAUAGGAAAAAUCAAUGCUAACUUGCAUUUCCUUAUAUGUAAAGGCAAAAGGAUAACAGAGGAUGAUAUAAUUUAAGAUCAGUGAAAGGUGGUAGUUUUUCAAGUGUAUGCAGUAAGUGGAAUGGAAAAUGUUCCUGCCCUCUUUCUCUGAAUUCCAGUGUUAGAGAGUUGUGCAUUUCUACUCACAUUUCUUUUCACCCAAGUCUUCUCUAGAAUUCAAGUGAUUACCCAAGCUGGCUGUAAUUCUUGCACUUCACCGGUGAGAUAAUUCUUUUGUGAGAUUGUAAUGCAUUAUACUGCUUCUGUGUAACAGGAAAGGGAACUUCCUCUUUAAAGCUACGUAUUCGAAGCUCGGUAAUGAGGAUUUCUAACUGGGCGGAGUUUUCAUUUGAGCAGGCUAGAUAAAGGCUUGCAGGACUUACAGACGUCUCAGACUGCAAGCAGCAUGAACUGCAGCGUGCCCAACAGAGUCCUGCUCAGCUACAGAAUGGAUGGACAGCAGGAUAGGCUGUGCCUUCAGUUCCUUUGGGACUUUGUCACAGCAAAGGAGCCAUUGAUCAAGUCACCGUAUUUUCCAGUGCUGUUUUCUUUUACAGCAUACAUGGCUUUCUGUCUUCCUUACAUUGCACUGGACUUUUUAAGCACUAGACUACCAAACUUGAGAAAAUACAAAAUCCAGCCACAGAGCUAUCCAACUCUUGGAAUGAUGGUGCCUUGCAUUAUUCAAAGUGCCUAUCAUCAUGUUGUUUUGAUUUUCCCAGUGACAUUUUUCCACUGGUACUGGAGACCGGUGAAUCUACCUGUGAUGGCUCCAGAGCUGCCUGAGGUCCUGCUGGAAGUAGGAGCUUGCCUGCUUCUGUUUGAUUUUGAGUAUUUCCUUUGGCAUUUGCUUCAUCACAGAGUGCCUUGGCUCUACAAGACCUUUCACAAGGUGCAUCACAAGCAUAUAUCAACAUUUGCUCUUACUACACAGUACUCCAGUGUAUGGGAAUUGCUUUCACUGGGAUUUUUUGCUGCCAUCAAUCCAGUGCUCCUCAGAUGCCAUCCUUUGACAGAAAUGAUUUUCUUCCUUGUAAACAUUUGGUUGUCAGUGGAGGACCAUUCAGGAUAUGACCUUCCGUGGUCAACUCACCGACUUGUGCCUUUUGGUUUGUAUGGAGGAGCUCCACAUCAUGAUCUCCAUCAUCUGAAAUUCAAAUCAAACUAUGCUCCAUACUUCACCCACUGGGACAGACUCUUUGGGACAUUCACAGAGUCUCAUUCUCAUUAAGGAUAUUUGCCUGUGGAUGGACUCAUUUUUUUGAUAGACUAAACCAGGAUAUUAAUUUUUCAAAGACAUACAGAAAAUUGUGUAUUUGAAGCUACCUAUGAAAGCCAUAGCUAUUUAUAACAAAACCUGUCAAUAUAUGUGUCUGUAUGUAUACUUGGAACUGCCUAUGUUGAAUGACUGCAAAUGGGAUAGUAAAUAUCUGUUGCUUAAAUUUGUUUGAGUCAAAGGUAUAAGGGAAGCAUUAAGAGACAUUCUCUCUUCUUUCCUUCUUUCCAGCUUUCAUAAAGCAUAUAUUGUAUUACUGUAUGAUGUUCUAUACGUGCACAGGAAAAAUUAUCUUGCUGUUGUAGGAUGAUUUAUGAUGUAACCAGAAAAGGUACACAUCAUGGAUUUUGUGGAGUUUAAUCUGCCAGAGCAUAUUAUUGCACACUGAUGUUAAAAAAUGCUGCCAAAGCCAGUUUGCUGACUGUGCAAUAAUUUUGAUAUUUAUAUUUUAAAUCUUGAUGUACUAUUUUUAAUAGGAAAUAAAUGUGAUCAUUCCUUUAAA